AUGGAGAGACACGGGCAGAAAGUGGUGCUGAUCACAGGCUGUUCCUCCGGCAUCGGCCUGAGGAUUGCCGUAAUGCUGGCCGAGGAUGAAAAGCAGCGCUAUCACGUAAUCGCCACGAUGCGUGACCUGAAACGUAAAGAUAAUCUGGUGAAAGCUGCUGGGGAUUUGUACAGCAAAACUCUUUUUGUGGCUGAACUGGACGUCUGCAGUGACGAGUCAGUGAAACAGUGUAUCAACAGCAUCAAAGAUCGACACAUAGACAUCCUCAUAAGUAAUGCAGGCAUCGGCCUGGUGGGUCCAGUGGAGAGCAUCCCCAUGGACGAGAUGAACAACGUCUUUGAGACCAACUUCUAUGGAUCAGUUCGCCUGAUCAAGGAGGUGAUGCCUGACAUGAAGAAUAGGAGAGCGGGACGCAUCAUAGUGAUCAGCAGUGUGAUGGGACUCCAAGGGGUGGCAUUUAACGAGGUAUACGCAGCUUCCAAGUUUGCUCUUGAGGGCUUCUGCGAGGGUCUGGCUGCGCAGCUUCUGAGUUUUAAUGUCACAUUAUCAAUGCUGGAGCCAGGCCCCGUGCACACAGAAUUUGAAUUAAAGAUGAUUCAGGGCAUGAAAGAGAAGGAGUGGCCUAGUGUUGAUCCUGACACAGUGAAUUACUUCAGGAAUUUCUAUCUCCCUGGUGCUGUGGAUAUCUUUGAGAUACUGGGGCAAACACCUGAUCACAUUGCCAAACGUACAAUGAGCGUGAUCGAAGCCAGCAAUCCACAUUUCCACAAUCUGACCAACCCGCUGUACUCACCCAUUUUAGCGCUGAAAUAUGCCGAUGAAACUGGAUGCCUGUCUGUCCAGGCCUUCUACUGCAUGCUCUUUACCCUGCGUCCUUUGAUGAACGUCGGCAUGCCCGUCCUGAAGUACCUCACCUUUGGGUUCAUGAGGAAAUGGAGAAUUUCACCAAACUAGGCUUGAACAAUGUUUUGUGCAACAGUCUGAAUAAUAACACAACUGAGUGUCUAC